AUGAGUCCAACCAUCAUUCCAUCCCGGCCGCGGGAAGCGUAUGUUGCAAUAACAUGUGCUCAUUGCAAAGCCCAUCUGGAGUACCUACCGCCACCUUCACCCAAUUCGUCGAAGGAUUCAUACCUCAUUCAAUGCCAUUCUUGCUCGAAGACCUUUCUACCUAAUUCGUCUGCUGGUGCGGCAGCCAGUUCAACAAAACCUUCCACAAAAAAAUCCGGAAGACGAAUCGGGUCUGACGAACGGCCAUUGGAGACUGAAUAUUAUGACAUCCUCGGUCUAACUCCCAAGGCCACACCUCUCGAGAUUAAGGGUGCAUAUCGAAGAAUGGCCCUCAAGAUGCACCCAGACAAAAAUCCGGAUGACCCGGACGCCGGCGAAAAGUUCAAAUCACUCGCAGUUGCUUACAACACUCUGUCUGAUCCCCAACUUCGCAAAAAAUAUAACGAGUUUGGAAAACAACAAGAAAAUGAUGGGGGCUUUGUGGAUCCUGAGGCGGUUUUUUCAACGUUGUUCGGGGGUGAAAAAUUUCAAGACAUAAUUGGGACUAUCUCGCUGGGACAAGAAAUGAAGACCGCGAUGCAGAAAGAGUCAAAUGAAGAUGAGGAACAAGAAAACGACACCGGUAGCCAGCUGGUUUCAGCCUCUAAUCAACCACCUAUCACUUCGCCUUCAUCGAAAGCGGCGUCGAAACCGACCCUAACUCCCGAGCAGAAGGCCAAACGUGAUGCCGUAGCACAAGCUGAAGCAGAAGAGCGGAAACGAAUUCGAGAUGAGCGAGUUACCAAGUUGGCCGAGAAGCUAAAAGUCAAACUGUGUAUUUAUACCGAACAGGCCCAAGAGGAAUUCGAUCAAGGACUGAUGGACGCCGUGAAAUGGCAGUGGGAAAUCGAGAGAGAUUCGCUCGCAGAAGAGAGUUUUGGACCUGAAUUACUGAGAACCGUUGGAUCGACCUAUUUGGCGAAAUCGAAGAGAUGCCUGACUGCUACUGCAACGGGCGCAUGGGGAGGUGGGGUGGCAUUAGUUGGAGGAUGGUUCCAUAGCGCCAAAUCGACAGCUCACGUACUAUCUGAAACCGUCGGCGCUGUCCGAGCGGCUUACGACGUGAAGGCAGUAUUCGAUGAACUCGCAAAGGCCGAAGCCGAAGGGGGACCCGGCCUGACUGAAGAAAGGAAAAAAGAGCUCGAGGAAAUGGCCGCUAAGAAAGGCUUAAGAGCUCUUUUCAUGGGCGCUAAGUUGGAGGUUGAGAGUGUUAUCAGAGAAGUUUGCGAUCGAAUCUUGGAAGAGCCGGGGGUGUCCAGAGAAGUAAUCCGUAAAAGAGCAGUCGCAUUGGGUAUACUGGGCUCAGUCUUUGAAACUGCUAAAAACAAAAACGGCGAGGAUACUCUGGCGGAAUUAACAAGUGGAUAUGUCAAAGUGGAUCCCAGCAAGAAGAAUGAUGCUGCCGGUAGUUCAACCGAUAAAGUUUCUGAAGCUGCUUCCAAAACCGCCAAUUCAGCGUCAAAGUGA